AUGUCAUCUGGUUCUGGGUCUCGCAAACCAGAUGCUGUUCCGUUGCGGAAAAGUAUGAAGAAUGUAGAACAUAAUAAAAUAGUGGAUGCAUAUAAUCCUUAUUACAGUUAUUUCGACGAACGCUAUAAAGUUCGUGUGGGAAAAGGAAGUAGAAAGAAAAGAAGACGACGCCACAUAUCGACACCGAAGAAAGAAUCAGACAAAAUCGACAAACCUGAUGAAGCAAUGGCAAAGAUUAAAGAAAAACCAGCAGAAGAGAAAAAGAUAGAAAUGAAAUCAACAGGAAAAGAUGAUCGAGAUAAGGAAGCGCUUCCGGAAACGGAUUUACAUGGCACGGAUAUUGAGGAUGAAAGGGAUGAAGCUGAAGUUGAAGAAGAAGAUAAGGGAAUCGAUCGAGGUGAAAGUGCGGGAGGUGCAAAGGGUAAAGUAGCAGAAAUAAAAGAUACUGCUAAUGAAUCAGGUAUCAAAGCAACUGUUUCCAGCUCAAAAGAGGUUGAUAUUCUGUCCGGAUCAAAAGGAAUGAGUACAAAAAAGGGUGAUGAGGAUAGUUCAGGGAAAGGGAUUACAGAUUACAUGGAUAAACAAGGAACUUGGGAAGCUGGAAGUGCAGAUGAUCGAGGUUUAGAAACAGGAGAACGGAAAAGUGGCUAUUUCAUACCCGAACAAGGAUUUGAUGUUGAAGGUGGAACUGCUGCUGUAGUUUCAGCAGGAGGAGGAGGACAAAAAAGUGGAUAUUUCAUGCCCGAACAAGGAUUUGGCGCUAGAGGUGGGACUGCUGCUGUAGUUUCAGCAGGAGGAGGAGGACAAAAAAGUGGAUAUUUUAUGCCGGAACAAGGAUUUGGCGCUAGAGGUGGGACUGCUGCUGUAGUUUCAGCAGGGGGAGGAGGACAAAAAAGUGCCUACUUCAUGCCCGAACAAAGUACUGGAACUGGAGGCACAGUGGGAGUUGGAGCCGUUGCAGUGACUGGAGAAAGAAUGAGGGGACAGAAAAGUGCUUACUUCAUGCCGGAACAAGUUACUGGAACUGGAGGUACAGCUGGAGCUGGAGUUGGAGUUGGCACUGCAAGUGCAGCUGCAGCAAUAGGAGGAGGUGCACAGAAAAGUGCCUACUUCAUGCCGGGACAAUUUACUGGGACUGGAGGUACAGCUGGAGUUGGCACUGCAGGUGCAGCUGCAGCAAUAGGGGGAGGUGGACAGAAAAGUGCCUACUUCAUGCCGGGACAAGUUACUGGAACUGGAGGUACAGCUGGAGCUGGAGUUGGAGUUGGCACUGCAGGUACAGCUGCAGCAAUAGGAGGAGCUAGACAGAAAAGUGCCUACUUCAUGCCGGGACAAGUUACUGGAACUGGAGGUACGGCUGGAGCUGGAGCUGGAAUUGGCACUGCAGGUACAGCUGCAGCAAUAGGAGGAGGUGCACAGAAAAGUGCCUACUUCAUACCGGGACAAGUUACUGGAACUGGAGGUACGGCUGGAGCUAGAGUUGGCACUGCAGGUGCAGCUGCAGCAAUAGGAGGAGGUGCACAGAAAAGUGCCUACUUCAUGCCGGGACAAGUUACUGGGCUUGGAGGUACAGCUGGAGCUGGAGUUGGAGUUAGCACUGCAGGUGCAGGUGCAGCAAUAGGAGGAGGUGCACAGAAAAGUGCCUACUUCAUGCCGGGACAAGUUACUGGAACUGGAGGUACAGCUGGAGCUGGAGCUGGAGUUGGCACUGCAGGUGCAGCUGCAGCAAUAGGAGGAGCUGCACAGAAAAGUGCCUACUUCAUGCCGGGACAAGUUACUGGCGCUGGAAGUACAGCUGGAGCUGGAGUUGGAGUUGGCACUGCAGGUGCAGCUGCAGCAAUAGGAGGAGGUGGACAGAAAAGUGCCUACUUCAUGCCGGGACAAGUUACUGGAACUGGAGGUACGGCUGGAGCUAGAGUUGGCACUGCAGGUGCAGCUGCAGCAAUAGGAGGAGCUGGACAGAAAAGUGCCUACUUCAUGCCGGGACAAGUUACUGGGCUUGGAGGUACAGCUGGAGCUGGAGUUGGAGUUGGCACUGCAGGUGCAGCUGCAGCAAUAGGAGGAGGUGGACAGAAAAGUGCCUACUUCUUACCGGGACAAGUUACUGGCGCUGGUGGUACAGCUGGAGCUGGAGUUGCAGUUGGCACUGCAGGUGCAGCUGCAGCAAUAGGAGGAGGUGGACAAAAAAGUGCCUACUUCAUGCCGGGACAAGUUACUGGCGCUGGAGGUACAGCUGGAGCUAGAGUUGGCACUGCAGGUGCAGCUGCAGCAGUAGGAGGAGGUGCACAGAAAAGUGCCUACUUCAUGCCGGGACAAGUUACUGGAACUGGAGGUACAGCUGGAGCUGGAGCUGGAGUUGGCACUGCAGGUGCAGCUGCAGCAAUAGGAGGAGGUGGACAGAAAAGUGCCUACUUCAUGCCGGGACAAGUUACUGGAACUGGAGGUACAGCUGGAGCUGGAGUUGGAGUUGGCACUGCAAGUGCAGCUGCAGCAAUAGGAGGAGGUGCACAGAAAAGUGCCUACUUCAUGCCGGGACAAGUUACUGGAAUUGGAGGUACGGCUGGAGCUGGAGUUGGAGUUGGCACUGCAGGUGCAGCUGCAGGAAUAGGAGGAGCUGGACAGAAAAGUGCCUACUUCAUGCCGGGACAAGUUACUGGAACUGGAGGUACGGCUGGAGCUAGAGUUGGCACUGCAGGUGCAGCUGCAGGAAUAGGAGGAGCUGGACAGAAAAGUGCCUACUUCAUGCCGGGACAAGUUACUGGAACUGGAAGUACGGCUGGAGCUGGAGUUGGAGUUGGCACUGCAGGUGCAGCUGCAGGAAUAGGAGGAGCUGGACAGAAAAGUGCCUACUUCAUGCCGGGACAAGUUACUGGAACUGGAGGUACGGCUGGAGCUGGAGUUGGAGUUGGCACUGCAGGUGCAGCUGCAACAAUAGGAGGAGGUGGACAGAAAAGUGCCUACUUCAUGCCGGGGCAAGUUACUGGCGCUGGAAGUACAACUGGGACUGGAGUUGGCAAUGCAGGUGCAACACUAGGAGGAGGUGGACAAAAAAGUGCCUACUUGAUGCCGGGACAAGGUGCUGGGACUGGGGGUACAGCUGGAGCUGGUAAUAUUUCUGGAUUAAAGACUUCGAAAUGA